AUGGAUACCACCGCAAUCGCACAAAACCUUAUCGUCCUCGGCGCAGGGAAAGUGAAGACCAAACAAGAACACCUCAACCACUCCACCGGGAAUAUCUUGUUCAUCCUCGGCAUUCUUGGCACAAUCUCCUUGAACGUCUGGAUGACCCGUGGCAUCCACAACUUCAGAGAGGUGACAACUUGCUGUUCCUUGGCUAUCGGGAUGACUUUUCUAACGGUCCUCUACUUCAUCAUGGGGAAUGUAUUGAUUAAUGGCGGGCUUGGGAUGAAUAAAGAUGAAGUGAUGUGUACUACUAUUUCCAAGACGAUGAUGAGUGCCUACUUCUUGAUGAAGCUCCGUGAGAUUGUAAACAUGGUGUCAAAAGGCCAUACCCGUACGAGCAAACGGAUUAGUGCAAAAGGCUCCUUCUACUACGUCUUCACCCCCAUACUCCUCGUCUUCCUAGCCUGCGGCCUCUUCUCAGUCCUCAGCGUCGAAACCUACCUCAAGCUGCGCGACAUUCCGCGCCCUGGAAAAAAGACCUAUUGCGUCUUCACCAUCUCGUACUCCUACAUGAUCGUCCCCUUCUUUGUCCUCCUCACUAUCGGCACCGUAGCGACCUUCGCCAUCUCCUUCCUCUGCUCCUCGCCCCUUUUCUCCCGCAACAUACGCAACCACCCCGGCUCUCCCGCCGCGGGCAUGGCCGCACUCCUCAGCGCCGUCAUCCCCUUUAUCAGCGGCGCCUGCUUCAUCGGCAAAGGUGGGAGGGAGACAGCAUCGCUGACGAACUUAGCAUGGGCGGUGGACGUGAUGGUGAUGCACGUGCUUGUGUGGGCCGCGGAGGGACAGUGGAACUUGGCGAGCACGGAGAUGAGGUCGAAGGUGUGUAAGUGCGUUCGACUGCCGAGCCAGAUAGUGGGUGGAAGGAGUAUUGAGGAUAGGAAGGAGAGGAUUAUGGAGGUGAGGGAGUUGCACAGGGCGAUGGAGAUGGAGGAGAAGAUGUUGCUGAGGGAUGAGGAAGAUGAUGAGGUGUUCGAGAUUAUCAACCUUGGGGGUGAGAAUGAAUCGGGUUUGGGCCAUGGGUCUUAUGAAGAGAAAGAGGGCUCUCCAAGCCCCUUGAGACCUUACUUGAGUUCGCUGGUUAGUCAGAAGAAGGUUGAGAAGGAAUACACGCCGACCUGGGUUUGA